AUGGAUCAUAAUAAUACUGCUAAUGCCAAUGUGGCAAAUCCAGUUAGGAAUGAACAACCUAGAAGAGUGCUUGGCUCAUACACUGCUCCUACUGCAGAUCUUUAUGAAAAAAGCAUUGUGGUGCCUCCUAUAGCUGCAAACAACUUUGAACUGAAGCCACAGCUAGUCACUUUGGUGCAACAAAACUGUCAAUAUCAUGGACUCUCUCAGGAAGAUCCCAAUCAGUUCAUCUCUAAUUUUCUGCAGAUUUGUCAUACUAUAAAAACUAAUGGGGUGAAUCCUGAGGUGUACAAACUUAUGCUAUUCCCAUUUGCUUUGAGGGAUAGAGCAAAGCUGUGGUUAGAUUUUCAACCCAAGGAGAGUUUGGAUACUUGGAAUAAGUUGAGUGGAAUGCAAGUUUUAGCUGUCAACAUUCAGAAUGCACAUCAAGAAGUCCCUUAUGACAUGACAGGUCAAUUACAUGGGGAGUGUUCCUAG